CCGGGUGGGAGGCCGGACACAGGGGCGGGGGCGGCCGUUGACCAGGUGACGGGGCUCAGAGCGAAGCCGGAGGCGGGGUCCGCUCACCUCGGCGCGAGCCUCCCUCGGGUCCCGCCUCCGCCCGCGCAGCUCCCCUCCCUCCGCGGCCUGGGUCCCCGGCGCCGGGCAGCCAUGAGCGCCAACCCCCAGUGGGACAUCCGCCGGGCGCUGGGAGUGGCCGGGCUCUUCCGCGUGGUGUGCGGGGUCCGGGAGGCCGCCGUGAGCCCGUUCCUGACCCUCUACCUGAGGCAGCUGGGUCUGGCCGCGCCCUGGGUGGGCGUCCUGAUGGGGACCAGGCACCUGGUCGCCGCCUUCUGGGCUCCCUUCUGCGCCUGCCUGGCCCGGAGCCACCCGAGGAGGAGGGCGCUGCUGGUCGGGUCGCUGCUGGGCUCGGCCGGAGCCAGCCUGCUGGUGCUGCUGGUGCCGCCGCUGGACGCAGACCUGGGGCCCCGCUCCUGCCACGCCGGCCCCAGCCUGACCCCCGCACUGGCGGUGAACGUCACCCUGACCCAGGAGCGCGGCUCGAGCCUCCCAGCCGAGAGCGGUGCUGAGAUCAGCCACGCCUCCAGCUUCAGGAAAGGACUGGUGGAAAGUGCCCAAGAACCUUCCUGGCAUCUGCCCAGAAGCUUGGUGGGCUCCGGGGAAGGAGCCCGGACCGCACCCGAAGUCCUCCAUCCUGUCGCUGCAGGGAGGGAAGAGGCGCCCUGGGAAGAAGGUGCCUUGAAGGUGGUCAGCACCGCCCUCCCUUCGCUGGCCGGGGGUACAGCGCUGGCGAGUCCAGCCAACGUGUCCGUGACCCAGGGGGACUCGGGGACCCUGGGCCUGUCCCCGGAAGGGUUGCUGCGGAGUUUCCUUCCCUGCUUGGUGUCCUUGGUGUUCUGGGAGCUGCUGGCGGCCCCUCUGGAGCAGGUGGCGGACGACAGCCUGUUUGAGUACCUGGAUGUUGUGGACGCCACCGACCGGCACAGAACCCUUUGGGCCUGGAAGCUGCUGGGCACGGCGGCGGGCGUGUGCGGCAUCGCGGCCUUGGUGGAGCAGCUGGACUGCUCCCUGAAGGCCAGCGGCCCCCGGGGGGUGGUGUACUUCUACGGCUACGCCCUGGUCAGCGUCCUGGCUCUGCCGGUCAGCACUGUUUUCCCCGUGCCCCUGUGCAGGCGGCGGGAGCCCAGCUGCAAAACCAGCAAAGCGCUGUCUCUGGUGGAGGGCGACCCCCGCCUCCUCCUCCUGGCCAUCACUGUCUUUCUGGUCGGAGCCGUCACCAGCACCACCCAGAACUUUCUGUUCUGGCACAUGCAGGACCACGGCAGCAGCGAGCUGGUGAUGGGCUUCUCCGUGGCCCUGGGCUUGCUGGGGGAGGUUCUCCUCCACCCGUUCAGGGCCACGUUGCUUAGGAAACUGUCCAGGCUGGGAACCCUAGGGCUGGGGCUGGGCUGCCUCUCGGGGCAGCUCCUGUACUACUCGCUCCUCUGGAGCUGGUGGUCCGUCCUCCCUGCGCAGGUCUUGAGUGCCGUCAGCCACGGGGCUCUGUGGUGGGCGGUGGGCGCCUCCCUAGAGGACCUGGCCACCCCCGGAAUGGAGAGACCUCUGAGUGCCAUGUUCCGGGGCCACUUUUAUGGGGGCGGGGCCAGCCUGGGCAGCUUCGUGGGCGGCUUCGUGGCGAGGCACUUCAGCCUGGCGGUGCUCUACCAGGCCGGCUGCGUCGUCCUGGGGCUCUGGCUGGCCCUCUUCCUGUCCGUCCGGCCCAGGCUGCCCCAGGAGCCGCGAGUCAGCUACUCGAAGCUGCUGGUCGUGGAGGCAAGUGACACGAGCGACUCGGAGCAGGGGACCGAACGGGACUGUCUUGUGAAGGCCAGUCUGGGAAGGAGCCACAGGACUGGACAGAACUCGGCCUGCUGAGGACAGAGUCCCCGAGUCCUGCCCGGGGCUCCACGGCCUCGGGGGAGAGAGGGCACGUCGAUGCGGAAGCCCCACAGGUUCCUCUCCUUGUCGGAUUGCAGCUCAAUUUUGUAAAAAGUCAUGGAGGAAAGAAAACAUUUGCUAAAAAAA